UCUCGCCGCUGCGCUCCGGGCAGCGCCCCCGCCCCGUGCCCCUCCCCCGCCCCCUGGGGUCGCAGCCCCUCCCCCCGCCUGACCCCCCCCCCCACUUUUGGGGUCUGAGCCCCCUUUGGGGUUUGAGCCCCUCGUUCUGCCUUAACCCCCCCAUUUGGGGUUUGACCCCCCCUUGUGUGGCCCCAGACCCAACCCCCCUCCUUGGGGUGUGAGGGUGACCCCCCCACGGGCAGGGGUGCAUGAAGCCGGCCCAGCGUCCCCGGCUCCACCUCUGCCGAAACCGGCCCCCCGCCACCUGCCCAUGGCCCCCACCGCCCGCCCCGCGGCCCUCGUGAGCGGGGCAGGGUGGGGGCCCGGCCGCGUCGCUCCGCCAUGAGCACGAGGCACUGGUGGCGCAGGUAGCCGUGGGCCAGCGUCCGACGCGGUCGCUUCGGGGACGACGAGCCUGGUGUGACCGAGUUGGCGCCCCCCAAUACUUGAAGCCACCCCCCCCUCCCGCCCACUCUCCUUACCUCUUUUUUGGCCUUUCUCACUGAAUGCUAUGCAAAAGAAAAGGAAGAAAAAAAGAAACGCGGACCCGGACUGCGGGGGAAUGACCGUCUCCUGCCCUGGGUGACUGGUGCUCGGCGAGAUGAACUCGUUCUCGUCCCACCGGGCGGACGAGCCGCUGUAGACGGGCCCCUUGACGCUUCCGUAAGCCCUGUUGUCCUUCCUGAAUCUCGUUACCGUGCACGGUUUCACGUCGAGCCACCCGCACGGCCUCGCUGAGCGUCGGGAGCACGGGUGCACCUGACUGAACUCUCCGCCUCAAGUGACUUGCUUGGAGGAUGGUGUGAACACAGCCCCCUGCUCCUCGGUCGUCUCGUUUUCCUGCAAAACUCCCAGCCUGGAAGAUCGGGGCUGUCUGUGUCCGAAUCGUUCUGGUCCUGGGAGCGGCAGCCCAGCGUUACUUUAUGGGGCAACAGCCUGGAAAAGUUCUUGGGGACCAAAGGAGGCCGAGUCUGCCUGCCCUGCACUUCAUCAAGGGAGCAGGGAAGAAGGAGUCAUCCAGGCAUGGAGGCCCUCACUGCAAUGUCUUCGUGGAGCAUGAAGCUCUUCAGAGGCCAGUUGUGUCAGAUUUUGAACCCCAAGGUCUGAGCGAAGCAGCUCGCUGGAACUCCAAGGAAAACCUCCUGUCUGGUCCCAGUGAAAAUGACCCCAACCUUUUUGUUGCACUGUAUGAUUUUGUAGCGAGUGGGGACAACACUCUUAGCAUAACUAAAGGUGAAAAGCUCCGUGUCUUGGGCUACAAUCAUAACGGGGAAUGGUGCGAGGCCCAAACGAAGAAUGGCCAAGGCUGGGUGCCAAGCAACUACAUCACCCCUGUGAACAGCUUGGAGAAGCAUUCCUGGUACCACGGCCCUGUGUCACGCAACGCUGCUGAAUACCUGCUGAGCAGUGGCAUCAAUGGCAGCUUCCUGGUGCGCGAGAGCGAGAGCAGCCCAGGACAGAGGUCCAUAUCACUGAGAUACGAGGGAAGGGUGUACCACUACCGGAUAAACACUGCAUCUGAUGGAAAGCUGUACGUCUCAUCAGAGAGCCGCUUCAACACUUUGGCAGAGCUGGUCCAUCACCAUUCGACUGUAGCAGAUGGGCUUAUCACCACUCUACACUAUCCUGCCCCCAAACGCAACAAGCCCACUAUUUAUGGAGUGUCUCCAAACUACGACAAGUGGGAGAUCGAGCGAACUGACAUCACCAUGAAGCACAAACUUGGAGGGGGCCAGUACGGAGAAGUGUAUGAAGGAGUCUGGAAGAAGUAUAAUCUCACUGUGGCUGUGAAGACUCUGAAGGAGGACACCAUGGAGGUGGAGGAGUUCUUGAAAGAAGCUGCAGUAAUGAAGGAGAUCAAGCAUCCUAACUUGGUGCAAUUAUUAGGGGUGUGUACGCGAGAGCCCCCAUUCUACAUCAUCACCGAGUUCAUGACAUAUGGGAAUCUGCUUGAUUAUUUGCGUGAGUGUAACCGGCAGGAGGUGAAUGCCGUGGUGCUGCUGUAUAUGGCCACUCAGAUCUCCUCGGCCAUGGAGUACCUGGAGAAGAAGAACUUCAUUCACAGGGAUCUUGCUGCCAGAAACUGCCUAGUAGGAGAGAACCACUUGGUGAAGGUGGCAGAUUUUGGCCUGAGCAGGCUGAUGACCGGAGAUACGUACACUGCCCAUGCUGGAGCCAAGUUCCCAAUCAAGUGGACUGCACCGGAGAGUCUUGCUUACAAUAAGUUCUCCAUCAAGUCUGAUGUCUGGGCCUUCGGUGUCCUAUUGUGGGAAAUCGCGACAUACGGCAUGUCCCCGUACCCUGGGAUCGACCUCUCUCAGGUGUACGAGCUGUUGGAGAAGGACUAUCGCAUGGAGCGUCCAGAAGGUUGCCCUGAGAAAGUCUAUGAACUCAUGAGAGCAUGCUGGCAGUGGAGCCCUUCAGACAGGCCCUCGUUUGCUGAAAUCCACCAGGCGUUUGAGACGAUGUUUCAAGAGUCCAGCAUAUCAGACGAGGUGGAGAAAGAACUGGGGAAAAAAGGGAUGAGAAGCGUUGUGAGUAACUUUCUGCAGGCUCCAGAACUACCGACCAAAACAAGGACGUCCAGGAGGGCGGCUGAAAGCAAAGAAGCCAACGAGAGCUUGGAGCCAGCACACCCCAGAAGUCAGGGGGAAUGUGACCAUCUGGAGCAUGAACCGGCCGUGUCUCCGUUGCUUCCACGGAAGGAAAGAGUCGCCCUGGAGAGCAGUUUAAAUGAAGACGAGCGGCUGCUUCCGAAGGACAAAAAGACCAACCUCUUCAGCGCUCUUAUCAAGAAGAAGAAGAAGACAGCCCCUACCCCUCCAAAGCGCAGCAGCUCCUUCCGGGAGAUAGAUGGCCACCCGGACCGCAGGGCAGGGGGUGAGGAUGAGAGCAGGGAUGCCGGCAACGGGGCUUUCACCACGCCGCCUACGGACGCCGCUGAUCCUUCCAAAUUCCAGGGCCCAAGCAAUGGGGCUGGGGUCAUCAACGGGGCAGUCACGGGGAACUCUGGCUUUUUAUCGCCCCACCUGUGGAAAAAGUCCAGCACUAUGACCAGCAGCCGAGCAGCUGCCGGUGAAGACGAGAGCAGCUUGAAUGCCAGCAAGCGCUUCCUGCGAUCCUGCUCUGCCUCGUGCGUGCCCCAUGGAGCCAAGGACACCGAAUGGAAGUCGGUGACACUACCCCGGGACCCGCAGUCCACGGGACGGCAGUUCGAUUCGUCCACCUUCGGGGGACACAAAAGCGAGAAGCCUGCCCUGCCGCGGAAGCGGGCGAAUGAGAGCAAGACGGAUCUUGCCACCAAGGGGACGGCAACACCCCCACCGCGGCUGCUGAAGAAGAACGAGGAGGCGACCGACGAUGUGUUCAAAGACGCUGAGUCGAGCCCUGGCUCCAGCCCACCCACACUGACACCCAAACUCUUGCGCAGGCAGCCUGCCGGUCCUCUGUCCUCCGGUGUGGCUCAUAAGGAUGACGGUGUCAAACUGAGUGCCUUAGGUACCCCUACGACAACGGACCAAGGGCCUGCUGUGAAAGUCAGCUCUGCCAUGUUUGUGGGUGCUAGCAAGGCUUCCACCGAAGAGCCCAGGAUGAGGAGGCUCAAACAGACUUCAGAGAAGGACAAGGGGAAGCUAUCGAAGCUGAAGCCAACCCCACCGCUUCCGCUGUCUUCAUCCUCUGUCGGCAGGCCUGGAAAAGCCUCCCACAGCCCUGGGCACGAAGCAGCAGCAGAUGCAGUGUCAGGUCCUAAAUCCAAACCACUGCCUCAGGUUGCAGACGCUGCCAGCAGUGAUGCUGCCAAGCCAAACCAGCCAGGGGAAGGGGGCAAGAAGCCAGGGCUCCCCUCCAUACCAAAGCCACAGUCCUCCAGCAAGAUGCUGACCACAGCAGCCCCAGCCCCCUCUUCAGCAGUCCUUUCAGCCUCAGGUGGUGACCAGCCAUCAUCCACAGCCUUCAUCCCUCUUAUCUCCACCAGAGUGUCGCUGCGGAAGACCCGCCAGCCUCCGGAGAGGAUCGCUAGUGGCACCAUCACCAAGGGAGUGGUAUUGGAAAGCACGGAGGCCCUGCGCCUCGCCAUCAGCAAGAACUCGGAACAAAUGGCGAGCCACAGUGCCGUCCUGGAGGCCGGCAAGAACCUCUACACCUUCUGUGUGAGCUACGUGGACUCCAUCCAGCAGAUGAGGAACAAGUUUGCUUUCCGGGAGGCCAUCAAUAAGCUGGAGAACAACCUCCGGGAGCUCCAGAUUUGCCCAGCCACAGCUGGCAGUGGUCCCGCGGCCACACAAGACUUUAGCAAGCUUCUUAGCUCGGUGAAAGAAAUCAGUGACAUUGUUCAGAGGUAGCAGAAGUCAGGUGGCUGCUGCUUGUCAUGGGCCAAAGCCAGCUGCAGAGAGAACUGGGAGUGCACAUGCAGACUGAUAGGGGACCAGGGGCCUUGGGGACAGGGAUGAACCCAGACGGUUGAAUGCUGCCCCGCUGCCUAAGCCGGGGAGUCCAUCGAGAUGCACUUUUCCUCCCUUUUCACCCAGGCUCCCUGCGACUCACGUACUCACGAUCCUCUUAUCUGUGGAGUUCUUGCCUUGUGGACGAUGAGGCGAAAUGCCGAGGUCACAUCAUGCCUUUUUCUUAAUAUUCUGUUGUUCUGGACAGAGCUUUAAGCUUGAAGCUGGACUGACGGACAUUGAUGUUCUGCCCCCCUCCGGGAGGGAGUCCUACUGCCGUGUCGUUCCCUCCCCCUGCCCCAGAGUUGAGUGUUUGAAUAGCAAUAUGCCCGCUGCUUUCCUGGGGGGGGUCACAGCGCAUGUCCCCUGCCUGAGUCUGACGCUUCUGUGAGUGACAUUAAUGUGUCAGAUUGGGGCUCGGGGGGUGGAGUAUCUAUGUAACUCGUUCGUGAAAUAGGACGCUAUGAAAGAUGUUUACCAAAAUCUUCCCAACGGCUCCAUCCGCAGCCCUUAGCUGCCAGCCAACAGAUCCGCGCUUCUCAUGACUUCUUCACGGUGGAGAGUCCAGAUGAAUCGCUGGAGGUUUGGAUUGUUGCGGAUGGUCCCUGUUAAUGCUGUGAUCCCGUUUGUGAAUCUCUCUUUGGUAGCAAUAAAAGACAGACAGGGUUUGGGGAGAGAAGAGCAGCUCAUGCUCUCCCGAUAGUCGACACUUGGGGGAAUUGCCGCCCGUCACUGAGCGAGGGAUAGGAGGGUUGCAACGGGUGGGGAGGGCGCUAAACCCAUCCGAAAGGAUUCCAGUGUGCCUCCAGCAGUUGUUUCAGCCGAGUUGGUGCAUCCCAAGUGCUCUUGAGCAGAUGCACCGGCAGAGCUGUUAUUUGCCUAAAAUUUCCAGCCGCUUCAAUGACACAGGAGCAGUGAGCACAUAAGGGCUGUAUCAGACCCGGCUACCACUCCCCCGUGCAGUCCCUGUGAGGAAGAGGGAAGCAGCAUGUUGCAAACCCUUCCUCUCAGCAUCAACACUGAAUCCCACUGAAGUGCUUAGGGUCACCCUUGCCGGUUAGCGUAGGUUGUUCUACUUCCAUUGGAAAACUUGAUUGCCUCAAUGAUACUCCGACGGUUCUGGUCAGGAUUAAAGGACCUGGGGAGCCUGCAGACAAUUCUUCCCCUGGGUGUAUGUAUGUCCCCGAGGGAGCUGUGCCUCCAAGGAGCACCUUUCCCAGGUUGCUUUGACCUUCCCAACUAAUUCAGCCAACUGGGAACUAACUGCAACACGCCUGUUAGUAAAAGGACAAGGUUUAGGGCUAUUAACAGUGCAAUUUAACUCCUUGUAACCGUUCCAGACGAGAGAAGAAAGCAAGCUCCCCAUCCCAGGUCCCCUCCUUUUGUGUAUUUUUAAACACUAAUCACCUUCCAUUUGUAUUUUAUUUUAUUUUUUCCACUGAGGAGCUCUCGGUUUUGUAUACGAUUUCCCAUAGUGCGUUCUGUUGUGUGCUCACACCACCUUGCGACCUCACAACCAGCCGCGACAACGCACGACAGACAUUUAAACAAUAAAAACAAACGAGAACCACACGCCACAGGCUGCCUUUAAAGAAAAAAAAAAACCCACAAGCAAAAAAAUCCAAAAACCCCACGCCUUGGACUGUUGUUUCUGAGGUACUGUUUUUACGUUGUUGAUAACCUCUUGUGCCACUAUAUUAUACACUUGUAUCUUGGUAUUACACACUUUUGUAGACUUCUUUUGUCCUUUUUUUACUACGUGUAAAUAGCUCUGUCCUUCCUCUUCGUGAUACCCAAGGGGCUGUUCCCUUUGGUUUUGGUCCAAUACAGAUGGUUUCUGUACGUGGCUUUCCCCUCCCACCUCUCUCUCACUUCCUCUGUUUUUGGUUUUUUCGGGGGUUAUUUUUUAUUCUGGUCUCUCUUGCAUAGUAUAUUUAAAAAUAAAUCAUUGUUGAGGAAAACCA